GGCGCCGGGGCCCGGCGGGCGGUGCGCAGGCACCAUGACCCCCACGGGGACCCAGCAUUCAUUGGCCGGUCAGACCUACACAGUCCCCCUCAUACAGCCAGACCUGCGGCGAGAGGAGGCCAUCCAGCAGGUGGCGGAUGCCCUCCAGUACCUCCAGAAGGUCUCCGGAGACAUCUUUAGCAGGAUCUCCCAGCGAGUGGAGCUCAGCCGGCGUCAGCUGCAGGCCAUUGGGGAGAGGGUCUCCUUAGCCCAGGCCAAGAUUGAGAAGAUCAAGGGCAGCAAGAAGGCCAUUAAGGUGUUCUCCAGUGCCAAGUACCCAGCUCCAGAGCGCCUGCGGGAGUACGGUUCCAUCUUCACGGGUGCCCAGGACCCUGGCCUGCAGAGGCGCCCCCGCCACAGGAUCCAGAGCAAGCACCGCCCCCUGGAUGAGCGGGCCCUGCAGGAGAAGCUGAAGUACUUCCCCGUGUGUGUGAGCACCAAGCCGGAGCCUGAGGAUGAGGCCGAGGAGGGGCUGGGGGGCCUGCCCAGCAACAUCAGCUCCGUCAGCUCCUUACUGCUCUUCAACACCACCGAGAACUUGUACAAGAAGUACGUCUUCCUGGAUCCCCUGGCUGGUGCUGUCACAAAGACACAUGUGAUGCUGGGGGCAGAGACGGAGGAGAAGCUGUUCGAUGCCCCUUUGUCCAUCAGCAAGAGAGAGCAGCUGGAGCAGCAGAUGCCAGAGAACUACUUCUACGUGCCCGACUUGGGCCAAGUGCCUGAGAUCGACGUACCAUCCUACCUGCCUGACCUGCCGGGCGUGGCCGAUGAUCUCAUGUACAGUGCAGACCUAGGCCCCGGCAUCGCCCCAUCGGCCCCUGGCACCAUUCCAGAGCUGCCCACCUUCCACACGGAGGUGGCCGAGCCUUUCAAGCCAGACCUAGAAGAUGGGGUGCUGACGGCACCCCCACCCCCACCACCGCCUCCGCCCCCAGCCCCGGCAGUGCUGGUCAGUGCUCCCCCACCCCCGCCCCCGCCCACGGCUCCUCCAGGACAGACCGCCAGGGAAGAUGACAGCGGUGGCGGGUCUCCUUCAGUCCCCGUCCAGGGAGCGCCCAAGGAAGUGGUUGAUCCCUCCAGUGGCCGGGCCACUCUGCUAGAGUCCAUCCGCCAGGCUGGGGGCAUCGGCAAGGCCAAGCUCCGCAGCGUCAAGGAGCGCAAGCUGGAGAAGAAGAAGCAGAAGGAGCAGGAGCAAGCGAGAGCCACCAGCCAAGGCGGGGACCUGAUGUCCGAUCUCUUCAGCAAGCUGGCCAUGAGGCGCAAAGGUAUCUCUGGAAAAGGACCUGGGCCAGGGGCCAGCGAGGGGCCAGGAGGAGCCUUUGCCCGGAUGUCAGACUCCAUCCCACCUCUGCCACCCCCACAGCCCCCAGGAGAGGAGGACGAGGACGACUGGGAAUCCUAAGGGCUCCCCCCCCCCGCUGCCGUGCCCAUGUGCAGAAGAGCCCAGCAGGCUCCUGGUGGGGAGAGGGGGGCAUCUCAGGACAGAGACUCUGAGGGAAAAGAGUACAAGUAUCAAUAAAGAAGUGUGAUGCAACAACUGA